AGAGGAUUCACUGGUUGGUCUGAAGCCUGACUUUGUAUUUUUGUCAUCUCCUGAGCUGUUGUUGUGACUGGAGCCAUGAAGGACAACGUGCUGAUUUUCACUUGUCUGGGUUUACUCCUUCACUGGGUGCUGCCUGUUACUUCUACAAAGAUCAUCUUUCAUCCGCGAGAGGCCAAACCUACAACACAGAAUAUUCCUUUGGACAUGGCUGGAAAGUCUGUUGAUGAUAUGUACUUCAGCUGCUUCCAAAAGAUGACAAACACAGUCGAAAAAAAAUUUUUUCAAAACGAAAUGAAGGACAGAAAUUUCGCCAGUGUCUGGAAUAAGACAGAAAACUGUGCAAACAACAAUAUAAAAAAAAAACAAGAUGUUGACAAGGCUCUAAACAAAAAUCAUAUGCAAGCAAUCUGUCUUUACACAGAUGGGGGCAAGGAGAAGUUUUACAGCACUUUCAAUGAAGCCGUCCGAACUGGUGGCAGUACCUAUACUACCUCCUUCCACUACCACUCCUUCCAUUUCUGGCUUACUUCUGCCAUACAGAUCCUUAGAGCUAAUCAACAAAAGUGUCAUCCUACAUACCGCAGAACUAAUCUCAAGUUUAAGGGAAAAGUUAAUGAAAGAAUUCGGUUUGGUUACUUUGCCUCUAGUUCCUUUAACAAAAAUAUGACCCACUUUGGUAAAGAGACCUGUUUUUGUAUCAACACAUGUUACGGCGCUGACCUAAAAAAAUAUCCGAAAUUUGGAGAAAUGGAGAAGGAAGUACUUAUCCCUCCUUAUGAGAUUUUCAAGGUAACAAAGAAAAAUUCUCGUGAAUGCCUACCAGAAUGUAAGGUAAGAUAUACCUUGGAGAGCGCAGGAGUUCUGAGCUAUCAGAACUGCAAAGCGGUGGGCACUUAGACUUGUAUGGGAGCAGUUAUACUGUACUAAGUGUGCUUAGUAAACACAACCUGAGCUUAUUUCAAUGCAGUUUUAAGUGUCAUGUUUGAGUGUUUGUAGAGCAAAUUGUAAAGCAGGGGUGUCAAACUCAUUUUAGUUCAGUUCCACAUUCAGCUAAAUUUGAUCUGCAGUGGGCCG